AUGUUCUACCCCUGUAUUAUUCUGGUUUUCAUCCUACAUCUAAUCCGAGCUGCUGAUGUGUCAAAUGAUGAUGCUCAAAAAGUUCUUGAUAAAUAUCUGAAUAGUCUGACUACCAAAACUGGAUUUUCUGCUGCUCUUUCUUCGGAUUUUUCAUUGAUUCAAUGCAAUGGAAAAGAAAUCAAAAGAGAGAAAUUCAUCGAAGAGAUUCGAAUUAGCAAAAUUAUUUUGAGUGAAAGAAGUCCGAUUGAAAAUAUUGUUGGAAGUUCAGAAGAAUAUAGUUUUAAAUCGAAUUCAAUUGGAAUAGCAAAAACAAUGUUUACCGUGAAAAAUGAUUUGAUACAGCGUGAAAUCCAGACCGAUUGCAACUCCUGGAAUCCCAUCUUAACCGCUUCAAUUGAUGUUGAAAAAGUUGCGGGGGAAUAUUGUUUGAAAGUUCUGAAAGACUACUUCAAUGCAUUAAAGACGAAGGCGGGUGUUGUUAUUUGGAAAAUAGCUGCAAUGAACUUCAUUGAUGAUGAUUUCAAAAGAUAUCAUUGUAAUGGAACAAUCGGAACAAAAAAUGAUACGUAUGAAGUGAUUAGGAAUGGCGAACCAAAGCUAACUGAAACUUUGAAGGAUCCUGUUAUCAUCAAUGCAAAAUUCAUCGAAAAUGGCGAGAAAAUCGAGUGCACCGCAAAAUUCAGCGCAGAUAAUUGGGUUUCGGAAAACAAGUUGAUUUUUAAGGUUCUGAGAAAUGCAGAUGAUAAAAGUGCGGUGUUGUUGGAGGAAGUUGAGGAGACUUGCGAGAAUUCGCCGUUCAAUAACAAUAAAUUCAAAUUUAAACCAAAAAGAACGCCAUAUUAA